CUGACUCCGCCCCUCCUCCUGUCUCCCGCCGUCCUUUUGCAUCCCCCCCCCCCUCUCCAUUGCUCCUGUUUCUUCUUCCCAGGGACCGCGCCUUGUCUGUCAAGCGGAAAGGUGGCCGGAACCAAUAUCAAGAGAGGGGGGUGUCCGUAAGGAAAGCUGCCCUAAUACCCAGACUGAAAGCUGUCAGUAGUAGAGGAGUACUAGGAUGGCAGCGGGAAGAGCCGCCUCUUACUCGUCUCCAUCCUCCAGCUUCAAUGCUGGAUAUGGGAACAGCGGGGCGGCGGCCAGUGAGGACGAGGAUGGACAGAACCUCUGGUCGUCCAUCCUAAGUGAAGUCUCCACACGCUCCCGCUCUAAGUUACCAUCUGGGAAGAACGUGCUGCUGCUUGGUGAGGAUGGAGCAGGCAAGACCAGCUUGAUAGGAAAACUUCAGGGGAUUGAGGAAUACAAGAAAGGAAGGGGAAUGGAGUACCUGUACAUUAACGUCCAUGAUGAAGACAGAGAUGAUCAGACCAGAUGUAAUGUGUGGAUCUUAGAUGGUGAUCUAUAUCACAAAGGGUUGUUGAAGUUCGCUAUGGAUGCCAGCAGUGUUAAGGACACUUUAGUUAUGUUGAUUGUAGACAUGUCACGGCCAUGGUUGGCCUUGGAUUCACUUCAGAAAUGGGCCAGUGUCAUCCGGGAACACAUGGACAAGAUGAAGAUUCCACCGGAGGAAAUGAAAGAGAUGGAAGAGAAAAUUGUUAGAAGUUUUCAAGAGUAUGUAGAGCCCGGAGAAGAAUUCCCUGCUUCUCCUCAAAGAAGGAAUACGCAAGAUGAUCGGGAGGAAAGUGUGAUUUUGCCCUUAGGAGAAGAUACUCUCACACGUAACCUUGGCAUUCCUGUAGUAGUUGUGUGCACAAAGUGUGAUGCCAUUAGUAUUUUGGAAAAGGAGCAUGACUACACAGAUGAGCACUUCGACUUUAUUCAGUCACAUAUCAGGAAGUUUUGUUUACAGUAUGGCGCUGCACUAAUUUACACAUCGAUAAAAGAGAGCAAAAAUAUUGACAUUGUAUAUAAAUAUAUUGUUCAGCAAUUGUACGGAUUUCCUUUCAACAUGCCUGCUGUGGUUGUGGAGAAGGAUGCAGUAUUUAUUCCAGCAGGAUGGGACAACGACAAAAAAAUAGGAAUUUUAUAUGAAAAUCUUCAAACACUAAAACCGGAUGACACUUUUGAAGAUGUUAUCACUAAACCACCUGUGAGAAAGUUUGUUCAUGAGAAAGAAAUUUUGGCAGAGGAUGAUCAAGUAUUCCUUACUAAGCAGCAGUCACAGCUUGCAAAACAGCCACCAACCUCAGCGGGGCGUCCAGACGCAUCUCCUCGGGUACCUGGAGGCUCUCCAAGGACACCCAGCAGAUCAGGGACUUCUAAUGUGGCCAGCGUGUCACCAGUUCCUGCCGGCACCAAGAAAAUUGACCCCAAUAUGAAAGCUGGGACAACAAGUGAAGGAGUGCUUGCGAAUUUCUUCAACAGCUUGUUAAGCAAGAAAACUGGGGCACCCGGGCCUGGCGGUACAGGCAGCCCUGCCGGCAAUUCAGGGGGUAAUGGUUUGCCAACAGCUGCCAAAAAACCAGAUGAACUUGACAGAUCGCUGAUCCCAACUGGGUCACCUGGUUCUGGUGGUACAGGCAGCCCUGGAGACUGUUCAGGAGAUAAGUCUGCCAACAGCUGCCAAAACCCCAGGCCAGAAGCCGGUGUUAACGGAUGUUCAAGCAGAGCUGGAGAGAAUCUCACGUAAACCCGAUAUGGUAUCCCCUACAUCACCAACCUCCCCUACAGAAAGUGAAGGAUCUUGAAGACUGCACAUUCAUCUUUGGAGCUGUGUAAAUUUGCCUCUGCAUUUACCUUUCUUCCUGAUUGUGGAACAGCAGAGACAGAAACUUUUUUUCCCUGCCCCCCCCCCCCCCCCUCUCAAAGUGAAGACACUCAUUCAUCGUUUUGAUAUAUCCCAAAUUAACAAAAUCUAGCUGUGGGAUAAUGAAAAUCAUUUCUGGUCUGAGUUUUUUAUUUAUAUUUUUUUCCGGCACAGAUUGACUUUUUCCGUUCAUUUGGUUUAUUUUGUCAAGCCACUGUUUGGUAAAACUACAAUCCUUUUUAGUUACUUACAGAUAUGAAAAAAAAUGGACAUGAAUACAAUGGCAAUUUAAUAGGCUACUGAGGGUUUACCAUUUUCCAACGAGGAGAUUAUGGAAAAUAUUAUGGUUCAAUAUCUCUUUUUAUUGAAAUAUAAAGUACGUAUUAGCAUAAAACUAGAGAAUGCUUUCAUGAGAAGGAUGUCUAUAUCAUGUAUGAGGAAUAAAUCCUUCAGGGUAAGCAAAUUACAAAGCAUGUAACAAUAAAGAGAUUAUGGAAAAUAUUAAAGGGGUUGUCCAAUUUUCUCAUAUAGGUGACCUAUCGAUAUGAAAAAAACGGACAAGCCCUUUAAGAAAAAGGUUCUGCUUGUUUGUCACAGAAAUGGAGGACGGAGGCAGUUUGUGCGCUUUGUAGAAUACAAAACUCAACACCGAACUUGAGGAAUGAAAACUGGCAUUAAAAUAUUGCUGCUGUGCUCCACAAUACAAUGACCUACGGUAUGGGCAGGUUCUAUUACCAGAUGACUGCAGGCACUGAACUCCUAUUUUGUAUGAUUUAGCUUCACUGUGUUGUAUUACACUAACGUCUCCCGAUUUGUGUCUCUACUGUGUACAGCUCUGCACUAGCCGGUGCGCUUCACUUUGGUGGUCACAGAGUCCUGUCUUCUACAAUCAGUUAAUAAAGUUGUAUUUAUUAUCUGCAUAGAUUUAAUUUUUUGGGUUAUUAUUAUUACGUUGAUUUAUUUCAAUACAUUGGCCUUAUUUUAGUUUUCUUUAGUUAGAAUAAGUACUACUGAGAGGGCAAAGUAUUAUGUGUAAUAUCAGCAGGGAUAUCCUUUCUAGAUGGCUUCUACAGGCAUGACUGGACACACGUUUCUUAAGAGUACUACUAAUAUGCUUUAAAACCAAAAUCUUUCACUUUUUAUGUAGGCGUCUCUGGUGUCGAUUUCAUAAACUGAUUAUGUGAUGUCAGAAUCUGAAGUUGUCCAAUUCACCUAACCCACCCCAAACUUACCAAAUUUAAAUAGCUGCUGUUUUUAGAACCUCCAAAUAGUUGUAUUGUAGACGAGGUGAACUGUUGUCACGUCUGAUCUUGGAUCCUUGAAUUCCACCUCUAAACACCAGAAUCUGUGUAUCCUAAGCACAGAAGUAUAUUUAUUUUACCCAUCUUUUGCAAAUUGGUCCUUCAUAAUUUGCAUUGGAUCGGUUAGUUUCUCAGAUGGGUUUCUGGUUUUUGCAAUUGAUAAAAGUUGCCAGGAAAAGUGCAUGCUAUAUGAAUUAGACUGUUUCUUUCCUCUACGAUUUUGUGUAUAUAUGACCCAUAACUUGAUUCCAUAUGUAUUUCAGUGCCAAUUCUCUCCUUUUUAAGAAGGAUAUUAAUGGAUUUUCCGAACAUUGAAUUCAGUUGCAACAAUUUGUUGUAUAGUGAUAUUGUACCGACACAAUGGAUACUCCCAAAAAUGUACUUUCAGCAAAAAAAAAGAAAAUAUAUCCAUGAAAACUC